AUGACAGUGGAGAUUACGCGCAACGAGUGCGUGGUGAAGCGUGGCGGCAAACCCGUCGCAACAGGAAGGAAGCAGGGGUUCCUCCUGUAUCUCAAUGCUGACUAUGGUACGGAGUGCCACAUGGCCGAAGACGAUACAGAGAUAUGGCAUAGAAGACUGGGUCACGUGUCGUAUGGUACGCUGAAUGCCAUGGUCAAGGACGGAAGGAUCAAGGGCGCAACGGUGAAGUCGAACGUUGCGUGUGACGCAUGCGCAACGUCAAAGCGUGUGCGCAAGUCAUUUAAGUCAAGCGAUGAAGACUCUGACACCAGCGAGAAAUCGCGUUCCGACGUGGUGGUGUGCUCCGACGUUCUCGGACCUAUCACGCCAGCGUCCAAGUCUGGUUUCAGUUACGCCGUAACCUUCAUCAUGAUGAAGAGCAGGUAUGUAACGGUCUAUCCGUUGCGAAAGAAGAGCGACGUUGCGAGUGCGUUCAAGCGGUUUUACCAAGAUGUCAAGACAGCAUCUGGAACGAAGAUAAAGGUGUUGCGAAGUGACAACGGCGGCGAAUACCGGAACGAAACUAUGAACAGCUUUUGCAAGGCAAAGUUCAUCAAGCAAGAGUUCACGGUUCCGUACAACCCAGAGCAGAACGGGAUGGCGGAGCGGAUGAACCGCACGCUGGUGGAGAUGACGCGCUGUAUGCUCAAGGAAAGCGGCCUCGACAAGUCCUACUGGUGCGAGGCACUAAUGACAGCGGCAGACAUCAGAAACAUUCUGCCGAACGCGUCGAACAAGAGCUCAAGCCCACACGAGAUGGUGUUCAAGAAGGUUCCGCGCAUCGAUCACAUGCGCGUGUUUGGUGCGCAAUGCUAUGCGCAUGUGGCGAAGGAGAAGAGGAAGAAGCUGGACGACUCAGGCGUGCGAUGUUUCUUUCUCGGCUAUGCGAAGGAUCAAAAGGCGUAUCGGCUACUUAACGCGGACGAUGGCUCCAUCGUGAUCUCAAGAAGCGUCACGUUCGCUGAGCAUUCUGUCUCGAAAGCAUCGAAAAGCAAAUACACGCGAUUGUUCGAUGUCAUUGAAGAAGAGGAAAGUGUGGAGGCGUCGCUACCCGAUAAUGAAGACAUACCAGCGCCGGUGACCGAAGAAGAGCUGCGCACCCCCACCACUUCGAGCGCAGAACAGCUCUCAUCCCGGACCAAGUGA